GCUCUGAGGUUCCUAGUUCCCAAGAGCAUGAUCAGGGAAAGAAACACAUCCUCCAGAAACUGGACCAGCUGAAGGUUGGACUAGGGUGUCUGAGGUACAGCCAUGGCCUUGUGGUGUUGCAUCUGUUCUCCAUUGUGUUCCUGGCUGGGCUUCUUGUGGCUGUUCUUGUUCAAGGUUUUAAGGGCCCGAGCUCCUCAGAGAAUGAGAAAAUCUACAAGCAACUGAUGCAACUGGAGACUGGAGUGGACAGCCUUUGCCGUCCUUGCCCCUGGGAAUGGACAUUCUUCCAUAGAAAAUGUUAUUACUUCUCCAAGUCUCAGCGUAACUGGAAUGAUUCUAUCACUGCUUGCCAGGAAGUGGAGGCUCAUCUAGUCAUUGUUGAGAGUGACGAAGAACAGACAUUCCUGAGUGUGAUUUCUAAGGAUAAAGGAUCGGCCUGGAUGGGUCUCUCAGACUUGAAACGGGAAGGCAAGUGGCAGUGGGUAGAUGGCUCACCUUUGUCAGACAGCUUCAAGAAUUAUCAGAAGAAAAAGGAACCUGGCAAAGAGGAAGAAGUCUGUGCAGAAGUUACAGGUGAACCCAGUUGGUCCAAGGCCACUGGCGGCUACAGGUGGUGCUCCAAUGAGGGACCUACUGAGAAAUACAGUCUUAGGUGGACCGCUACGGAAAACAGAAGAAGAAGAGUAUCCCACACUUAGUAAUAAGGAGCAAUAUAGACACCAACCUAAACAAGGCACGGUCGCCCGGUCACACUUUAUCCUAGAUGGAAUGAAAACUUGUGCCCCAUCCAGCUGCUGGCACUGCUCAUCUUUCAAAAACUAGUAAGGGAGAAUUGUGCCCUCCCCCGAGCCUUGAACAAGCAUGAAAGACUUUGUUUACCACAAUAGACCAAAUAAUAGGACCUAGGUGUAAUUAUCCACAUUGGCUGCACAUACAACCUGCUACAGGAACUUAGAAGAAUAAACUGCCUGCUGAGCUUGCCUUGAGACAUCUCCAGC